AUGGCGUCUACUUCUUCCUGGGAGACGAAAGUUGCGGCGAAGCAGCAGGCUGCUCGCGAAAAGAUACCAAAGGACUGGCUCCUUCCAGCCUCGGUUACCGAUGCUCUACAGUUUCCCUUGUCCGAGCAUGCCACCAAUACCUUCGAGAUACCGCGCAAGUCGGGUCUGUCAUGCCUUACGGAAACGUACUUUACCGAAGCACAGGAACGGGCCCGCUUUCUUGAUAACGAACGUGCCCAGGGACGUAUCGUAGGUCCACUCCAUGGCUUGCCUGUCAGUGUCAAGGACGGGUUCAAGAUCAAGGGCUCGGCGUCUACCAUUGGAUAUGUCUCAUUUCUAGACCAUCCCAAUGACACUGAGAACUCACCACUCGUCGACAUUCUGCUUGACUUGGGAGCGGUCAUCUAUGUCAAGACCAACCUUCCCCAAACGUUGAUGACGGCUGACUCGGAGAACAACGUCUUUGGUCGCACACUGAACCCGCACAACACCACGCUUACAGCGGGAGGUUCGAGCGGUGGCGAAGGCGCCCUUGUUGGCUUCCGAGGAUCACCGCUGGGUAUCGGAACAGACAUCGCAGGCUCUAUCCGUAUUCCAGCACUCUGCUGCGGCACAUAUGGUUUCAAGCCGACAACCGCACGUGUACCUGACGGAGGUCAGCAGAACCCUUCACUCCCUGGCAACAUCUUCUUCAACCCGUCAGCCGGGCCGCUAGCAAAUGACAUGCCUGCUCUGGACCUCCUUUGCAAAUCCGUCAUGUCGGUCAGACCAGCCCUCUACGACCCCACUGCGCUGGACAUCCCCUGGCGAGAAUUACCGAAGCCAGCACCGAAGCUUAGACUGGGGCUCGUGGCCGAGGACCCUGCGUUCCCGUUGCACCCACCAGUCAAGCGCGCACUAGCCUCAGCAGCCAAAGCUCUCGCAGUCCAGGGCCACGAGAUCGUCCCCAUCUCCGCCGACCAAGCCCAAGUCGCCGAUAGUUUGGCAGUAGCCUUUGGCUUCUUCAUGCUCGACCACACAGGCAUGGAGUUCCUACACGACGGCCACGAGCCCACCGUCCGCUCAGUCGAGCAAUCCAUGGGCGCAUACCACAACUUCAAAUCCACCUUCCUCGACGACAUCGCCGCAAUCCCUCAAGGCACUAUGCAACACAUUGCCGCGCUAAACGUAAAGCGCGAGCUAAUCCAAGACAACUGGCGUAAAAUCUGGAAAAACCAAAGACUCGACGCCGUCAUCGGGCCUUCAGCUCAGAACACGGCCAUUCCUCAUGACACGUAUGGUCUCCCACCUUACACUCUGUUUCUCAAUGUCCUCGAUUACCCUGCUGCUGUGCUGCCGUUUGGCAAGGCUGACGCUACGCUUGACGCCCAACCCUUGGUUAUGAGACCGGGACAGAAUGGGCCGGAUUAUCAUCCCAAGGCUAGCCAUGGUGCGCCGCUUUCCGUACAGGUUUUUACGAAUAAGAUGCGUGAUGAGGAGUGUUUGCAGGUUGCGGCUGUGGUGGAUGAGUGUUUGAAGGCUGUGCAGUAG